CAUUGCAGGAUGUUUCAUUUGGGUCGAAUGUGGAGCUGUCACUGGAAGUGGAAGCCAACUUCCCUGUUGUUCUUAUUUGCUUUAUCCAUUGUCUGUGUUCCUCACUCAGUGUGGGGAUGUGCCAACUGCAGGAUGGUGCUAUCCAGCCCUUCGGGCACCUUCACGUCCCCGUGCUACCCGAAUGACUACCCCAACAGCCAGGCCUGCAUGUGGACCCUCCGCGCCCCCACGGGCUACAUCAUCCAGAUAACAUUCAAUGACUUCGACAUUGAAGAAGCCCCCAAUUGCAUUUACGACUCACUGUCCCUGGAUAACGGAGAGAGCCAAACGAAGUUUUGUGGAGCAACUGCCAAAGGCCUAUCGUUCAACUCAAGUGCGAAUGAGAUGCUUGUGUCCUUUUCAAGUGACUUUAGCAUCCAGAAGAAAGGUUUCAAUGCCAGCUACAUCAGAGUUGCUGUGUCCUUAAGGAAUCAGAAGGUCAUUUUACCCCAGACACUAGAUGCGUACCAGGUAUCUGUUGCAAAAAGUGUCUCUAUUCCGGAGCUCAACGCUUUCACGCUCUGUUUUGAAGCAACCAAAGUUGGCAAGGAAGAUGGUGAAUGGGUGGCUUUCUCCUACUCAAAUGCCUCCUCUGCACAAUUACUCAGUUUUGGAAAGGCCAAGAGUGGCUACUUUCUAGCUCUAUCUGGCUCAAAAUGCUUACUGAACAGCGUGUUACCUGCAAAGGAUAAAGAAGACAUUUUCACAGAAAGCUUUGAGCAGCUCUGCAUCGUUUGGAAUAAUUCUUUGGGCUCUGUUGGUGUGAAUUUCAAAAGAAAUUACGAAGCAGUUCCAUGCAAUUCUACCAUUAACAAAGUUAUUUCUGGGAAUGGGAAAUUGUUGUUGGGCUCCAAUCAAAAUGAAAUCGCUUCUCUAAAAGGGGACAUUUAUAACUUUCGACUUUGGAAUUUUACCAUGAAUUCCAAACUCCUCUCCAACCUCAGCUGUAAUGUGAAAGGGAAUGUGGUCGACUGGCAAAAUGACUUUUGGAAUAUCCCAGCCCUAGCUCUGAAGGCUGAAAGCAACCUAAGCUGUGGUUCCUACCUGAUCCCGCUCCCAGCAGCAGAACUAGCCAACUGUGCAGAUUUGGGGACCCUCUGCCAAGCAGCUACUGUAAGUUCUCCUAGUACUACACCACCUACUGUCACCACUAACAUGCCUGUUACUAACAGAAUCGCUAAACAAAGCAAUGAUGGGAUUGUCUAUAGAAUUUCCAUAGUGAUUCAAAACAUCCUCCGUCACCCCGAGGUGAAGGUGCAGAGCAAGGUGGCCGAAUGGCUCAAUUCAACCUUCCAAAAUUGGAACUACACUGUUUAUGUGGUUAAUAUCAGUUUUCACCUGAACACGGGAGAGGACAAGAUUAAAGUCAAGAGAAGCAUUGGAACUGAUCAAAGGUUGGCGAUUUGGGCGCUUCUAGUUUACAAUGCUACCAACAAUCUCAAUUUAGAAGGAAGAGCCAUUCGGCAGAAGCUCUUAAAAAAUAAUGAGACCCUGGAUGAGGGCCUGAGGCUAGAUACAGUGAGUGUGAGGCAAAUAGGCACAUGUCCUUCGGAUGAGAAUCCCAAAGGCUAUCACUGGCCGUCCAUCCGGCCUUCCGAAUACAGGCACCCUUGUCUCGGGAAGCCGAACGCCUUCGCUUCCCGCACCUGUCAUAGUAACAGUUCCAACUCAUCCUUGGCCUACUGGGGGCCUCCUGAUCUCUCCAACUGUUCAAAGGAAUCAAGUGAAAUUGCCAACCAGAUUUUAAAUUUAACUGGUGAUGUGCAGAACUUAAGCUCGGCAAAUAUCACCAGCAUUGUAGAACAGGUCAAAAAGAUCGUGAAUAAAGAAGAAAACAUUGAUAAAACUCUUGGCACAACUUUAAUGAACAUAUUUUCUAAUAUCCUAACCAGUCCAGACAGUGAAUUGCUUGAGUCUUCUUCUGAAGCUUUAAAAACAAUUGAUGAAUUGGCUUUCAAGAUAGACCUAAGUAACACAUCACCUGUGAACAUUGAUACUCCGAAUUUGGCUCUUGGAGUAUCACCCCUAUCUCCAGAGACUAAUGAAAUUUUAAAUUUUAGCAUCAGUCUUCCAAGCAAUAAUGAAACAUAUUUUCAGAUGGAUUUUGAGAGUGGACAUACAGAUCCAUUGGCUUCUGUAAUUUUGCCUCCAAACCUACUUGAGAACUUAAGUCAAGAACAUUCUAUAAUAGUUAAAAGAGCACAGUUUACUUUCUUCAAUAAAACUGGACUUUUUCAGGAUGUAGAGACCAAGAAGGGCACCUUGGUGAGUUAUGUGAUGGCAUGCAGCAUCGGAAACAUCACCAUCCAGAACCUGAGGGACCCAGUGCAAAUUAAAAUCAAACACACGAGAAACCAGGCAGUGCCUAAUCCCAUCUGUGCCUUCUGGGAUCUGAACAAAAAUGAAAGUUCUGGAUUUUGGAACACGUCGGGAUGUAUCGCACACACAGAUCCAGACGCGAGCGAGACGGUCUGCUGGUGUAACCACCUCACACACUUCGGAGUUCUGAUGGACCUUCAAGGAACUGCCUCGCAGAUAGAUGCAAGACACACUAAAAUUCUCACCUUCAUCACCUACAUUGGGUGUGGAAUAUCUGCUAUUUUUUCAGCUGCAACUCUCCUGACUUACGUUGCGUUUGAAAAAUUGCGAAGGGAUUACCCCUCCAAAAUCCUGAUGAACCUGAGCACGGCGCUGCUGUUCCUGAACCUCAGCUUCCUCCUGGACGGCUGGGUCGCCUCCUUCCAGGUGGAGGGCCUCUGCACGGCCAUCGCUGCGCUGCUGCAUUUCUUCCUUCUGGCGGCCUUCACCUGGAUGGGGCUGGAGGCCAUUCACAUGUACAUCGCGCUGGUGAAAGUGUUUAACACUUACAUUCGCCGGUACAUCCUGAAGUUCUGCAUCAUCGGCUGGGGUCUGCCUGCCUUCAUCGUGUCAGUUGUUCUAGCAAGCAGGAACCAAAAUGAAGUUUAUAGGAAAGUAAGUUACGGAAAAGAAGAAGGCGAUGACUUAUGUUGGAUUGACGACAAGGUGGUAUUUUACGUGACCUGUGCCGGGUACUUUGGAGUCAUGUUUUUCCUGAACGUUGCCAUGUUCAUCGUGGUGAUGGUGCAGAUCUGCGGGAGGAACGGCAAGAGGAGCAACCGGACCCUGCGCGAAGAGGUGCUGCGGAACCUGCGCAGCGUGGUCAGCCUGACGUUUCUGCUGGGCAUGACGUGGGGGUUUGCUUUCCUAGGCUGGGGGCCCUUAUACGUCCCCUUCAUGUACCUCUUCUCCAUCUUCAAUUCAUUACAAGGCUUAUUUAUAUUUAUUUUCCACUGUGCUAUGAAGGAGAACGUUCAGAAACAGUGGAGGCGGCAUCUGUGCUGUGGCAGAUUCCGGUUAGCAGACAACUCGGACUGGAGUAAGACAGCUACCAAUACCAUCAAGAAAAGUUCUGAUAAUCUAGGAAAAUCAUUGUCCUCAAGCUCCAUUGGUUCCAACUCAACCUACCUUACAUCCAAAUCAAAAUGCAGCUCUACCACCUACUUCAAAAGGAGCAGUCACCCAGACAAUGCUUCCAUGGACAAGCCGUUAUCCAAACUGACCCAUGCUGAUGGAGAACAAACAUCAAUCAUCCCUGUCCAUCAGGUCAUUGAUAAGGUCAAGGGUUAUUGCAAUGCUCAUUCGGAUAACUUCUAUAAAAAUAUUAUCAUGUCAGAAACCUUUAGCCACAGCACCAAGUUUUAAUGUCUUUAAUGUAAGAAAGAGGAAUCAGUCUGCAGGAACGUGAUCUGCAAGCAGUGAAAACUCACUAGCAGAUGUAAACGUGCCGUAGCCUAGGUAACUGCAUAUAUAUGAGGAAUGUAUUUUGUUAAAAAGACUUCUGUGAAAUUCAGAAUUUGUUUUUUCAGUGUAUUUCUUCCAUGGGGAAGUUUCCAUCAUCAUUAAGUCUUCAGUACUGAGAAGCAACAGUACUCAGUAGCCACCGGAAAUAUGAAUUUGUUAAAUUUAUAAUUUUAUUAAACUAAUCAGAACUGAUGGGGAGACAUUGAAAUUAGAAGAAAAGGGAGAGGCUGAGCUAGGGACAAACCUUACUUAGAGCUCAUUCACACCCCACCCAGUAGUUAGGUUUGGAUAUGGCCAUUUGCUUCAUUGAAGUCUUCUCAACAAUCAAUCCAACUAUUCUGAUAUUUCUAACUAUUCUAGAUGCCCACAGACCCCAUCUCAGUGCUAGUUUCUGUGACUGCAGCAAGCAUAUUUCCUCAUUUUCAAUGAAAUUUCAACCACAGAUACAAAAGAAUGUCUGACCUGAAGAUUAGAUAGGAAUUUUUUCUUAUCAUAACAGAUGUUUAACCUUCAGGAACAUAACAUGCUUAAAAAAAAAAUUCCCCAAAUUUCACCUAGUUAAUAUGAGGCCAUGCAAAUUUAUACUAUUUCACUUAUCCUGUUCAAGACACAAGGCUUAAGCAUCAUCAUUAAUGAUCAUUUAACCCCAUACAUUUCAAUCAAGUUUAGUCCUGGUGGUCCAUCAAUGUGGACCUCCCAGGAGUUGUUGAAGAAUAAACUUUUUACGCCUCUGCUUUUGCUCCCCCACUGUAUAUUGAGCCCACAGGCUCAUGGGAGGAAUGAGAAUUUCCAUUAGGCACGCUGUGUGCAGUGGUCUCUCCCUCUUAGGAAAUACUACCAUUGAGACUCUGGUCCUGCCCUUGCUCUGCAGGCUCUAAGACAUUUGCAAUUGCACAAAUGAAAAGCCUCUUACUUCCCCUUCUAAGAGUUUUGUUCCAAGGAAUAUAAACUGAGACAAAUGGGUGACUUAUCAUAAUCAAAAUAAUUUAUAAACAUGUGGGUCUCCAAUUGCUAGCCUAAAAACUAUUUGUACAUAAGUCCUCUGAUUAUAGGAGCCAGAGGAGGCCUGGCAAGAUAGAUGGUGUGUUAUUUAUGGAUCAGGUUUCUGCCUACAAGACAUGCAUAAUAUUAAGCAGCUUACCUAACUUUCCAACUAUUCUGAGUAUAAUAUGCUUGCUAGUGAAUGUUUAGGAGACCACAUUUUAAUUGUUCUUCAAUGAUGGCUUUGUGUCCAGCUUCUUACUGAUCGGUCUCGGUACAUGCUGUACCCUUAUAUUUGCCCUGGGUUACCUGGGAAGCUUCAGAUUCUGGCGGGUGGUCACCUAUGCGUUGGGAAGUUGAGACACUCUGGAGCCGAUCUGUUUAAAGGCAGCAGCCAGAACUGAGCACCUGGGGGCCUUUCCCUCUGUGCAGAAAGCAGGUAGCUCUCAGUCUGAGACAGGAGACCCAGGCUGUGCAGCCACCAAGGGGCCUCUCGCCUUUGGCUGAUCCUCAGUCAUGAAGCUGUUUGCCAGAACGGAUGAUAAAGAUAACGCGGGGGUGGAUUUUAUUACUGUUCCAUUUCGCAGCAUGGAGCACUGUCCUGGGUGACGUGCGCACUGCCCAGCUUAGCUUUCCCAGGGGAGGAGUGUAUAUAGUAGAGAAAGAUAGUAAAUCUUAAAAUCACUACAGUCCACUACAGUAGAGCCAGAUCCUUUUCUGUAGGCAUACGUUAACACGCUGCUUGUACUGGCAGGGAUUACGUAUAGAUGAAAAGUAAUCUUUAAUAGUCACUGACUCUUCAUAUACUGUCCACAAGCCUUAGAGAUUUAUCAUAGAAUUUAAUUAGCUUCCUACUGUGAGAUUUCUACCUGAAGUGCUUAUUAACAGUGAUUAAGAGAUAACUACAAAAAUGACUUUAAUUUCUACUCAUAUUUAUCCUGAUCUGGGAAAACCUUUUAUUCCUAUUUGACAACAAUGUCAGCUCCACUUUAGAAAUGUCCAGUAACCAGGUAAGGAAAAAAAUGAAGAAACAGCUAAAUAGAAACAUUUGCAAAUAUAUUUAAAGACUGAGCCAAAUUCUACCCUCAGUUCUCACCUUCAUUUAACCCCCUCAGAACAGAAUGACAGGAAUGUAGCUGUGGAGCCAAAAUUUCGUUUUCACCUAACUUUCAGACUAAUAUCAAUUCAGAUUCUCUGGAGUGUUUCUUUUUUUCUUCUUUACCCAUUUUUUUUUUCUUUGUAAACUCCAUUGUGUUAGAGUCAGUCCAGCAUCCUGAGAUAUUUUCCCUCCUUGUCACCAUUACUUGUACUGUAAUGCUCUUCUCUGAUCAUUGUCAUAGACUCUUUUGUACAUAUUUAUUUAUUUGUGUUUAUAAACGUCAGCUGGUUUUAUAUCUUAGCUUCAUAUCGGCUGGCGUUGUCAUUUUAAUUAACGUUCUGUUGGAGAGACUGUAUAUAUUUUUUCCUCAAUACAUUGUGAAGUUGAUUUCUGUAGCAGGGCCUUUGAACAUGAUGCAUAAAAAGUGACUGUGAGUGCAGAUCGGAAUUAGUAGUGAGAAGCUACUAUAGCUGAUUUGCUGUUGUACUUAAAUGGAAAUGUUUUUCAAAUAAAUACUUACGUUGUUUGUGUCCCAAAUUA